AGUCUAGGUAGAGUUAGUCUCAUGGUAUAAUUCGUCCUACUUUCUUCGUAUCGUAAAAGUGGGUUAGCUCGAGCGUAACUCGCCGAGGUCGUAGAGGUAGGGGGAUAUACAGGUGCCUGCCGUCAUUUAUUCAUCUCCAUUCGAUCGCCAUAGCUACUAGUUCGAUAACAAUACCUGACUGACCAGUCAGCCAGUCAGCCAGUCAGCCUGUCAGUGAAAAAGUUCAAUCCCUAAGCUCGGUCCUGCCGCACCUAGUUAAAUGUUCCAUGUGGCAACAUCUGAAACAUAAAUUCUGGACAAACUAUUUCAAGAAACAAGGAAUUUGACGUUUAAAGGGAUACGAAGAAAUGACAAUUGACUUUUCGAGUAUACAUCCUUACCACACAAUGCAGCGAAUAAGCGCAUAUACUUUGCGGCACCGUUAAACGUUAGCUACGUUUAGGGAAAGUUUAUGAACUUCUUAGACAUUAAGAAAGACAGUAGUUUAUCGUCUGUAUAAACAAUUUAUAUUGAGGUAUUGCGCGGAGUGUAUCUGUUCACUGUUUUACAUUUUUCAGUGAUAUAUUUCCUGGACAUCUUUGUUCGCGGUAUAUAAAGACAUGACUUCGUUCGAGGUGACGUUAUUUUUUGUGCUGUGCGCGUCUUCCUUCAGCUUGCAACAGCCCACCUUCUUCAAGAGUACUUACAAAGGUUUGAAUAGAAUCAAUCCUCGUGCAGCACUUUCAACAUCAGGUGAAAUGCUUGCCGUUUAUUACCAUGAUCAGACUGUAGCUGUUGUUGAACUAGGAAUGAAUAAUGAACUUCACAACUGCGAACUCGUUGAAGUCUACGAGCCACAUGAAGCCAUUGAAGUCUUAAAGAACUUAUCAUCGGAAGUACAACCGCAACAAGUAUCAUUCCAAGAAAUGAUGAAAUUAAUGCGUCAGUGUGAUAUACUUGACAAAAUGCAAGGCGAAAAUUCUCACACUUUAUCUACGAUACCUAAAGGGAAUGGAGAUGGAAUAAAUCCACUGAGUUUGCUCUCAGGAAUUAUACCAGGUACGAAAUGGUGCGGAACCGGAGAUAUAGCAGAAAAUUACCACGAUCUAGGAGAAGAAGCUUCUAUAGAUAGAUGUUGCCGAAGUCAUGAUCUUUGCCCUGUCAAAGUUCGCGCUCAAAGAAUGCGAUAUAACCUGACUAAUUACUCCCUAUAUACCAAAUCACACUGUAACUGUGAUGAUUUGCUGUACAAGUGCCUGAAGGCCGCCUCUCAUCCGUCCGGCAACGUCAUGGGACGUAUAUACUUCAAUUUAGUGAAAGUACCAUGUAUAGAAGAUGAGGGUACGAAAAAACGGUUUACAUCUGUAAAAAUGUAUUAUUAGAUUAUGACGCAGUGCUUGCCAACGGUUGUCUGCCUACAUUGCUAAAUACAUUGCCAUUUGUUUUAUUGAAUAAAUAUAAUUUUUUUGUAUAAGA